AUGGUGUCGAAAUUGAGCAAGGUGCAGAAGUCAGUCAACAAGAAGCAGGGCGGCAACAAAGUCAACAAGCUCCACGAAAACUCUAGAGAUGCGCAAAGACUUCGCAAUGCCGGUGCUAGAGACGACAAGGUCCUCAGGGUCGCUUCACACCGCCGCAAGGAAAACAAAAUCUGGAUUGAUCGCAUCGCAUUCUUGAAGGAGAGAUUGCCGGAAACUCUUCAUCCUUUGGAGUUGGAGGACGUCAAGGAACUUAUCCGCCAGUAUCUGGCCCGCUACGACGACGAGAUUGCACAGCUUAAAGCGGAGCGGAGACCGGGUCGACCUGCGAGCACAAGACAGGUACUCCUUGAGCAACAGGUUACGACGGAGUCGCAGGAGUAUGCGGGCGGUUUCUGGCUUCCUAAUUUGCAGGAUGCGGAGACGCUGAUCAAACUGGAUGCGUGGGAUGGUCGGUGGUUGGGAUUGGGCAACCUGCGGUUCAUUCGGGUGGUGAAGGACGCGGGUGUGAAGGAGAGCCAGUUCCCGCCGGGAGGUGCUAUCUGA